GGGACCGCGGCGCGGGAUGGGACGGAGCCGGGUGCCAGAUAAAGCUACCUGAGUGUGCUAGCAAGUUCCAGAACAGCUGCCAUUUCAAAAGUGUGAACGGGAAGGAUAUUCUCUACUCCCAUUUUUAAAUGGUUGUGAGCCAUGCCUUUGGUGAAAAGGAACAUUGAACCACGGCAUCUCUGCCGAGGAGCUCUGCCAGAGGGAAUUACCAGUGAACUGGAAUGUGUAACAAACAGUACCCUUGCUGCCAUCAUCCGCCAGCUAAGCAGCUUAAGCAAACAUGCUGAAGACAUAUUUGGUGAAUUGUUUAAUGAAGCCAACAGCUUCUACAUCAGAGCAAAUUCCCUUCAAGACAGAAUUGAUCGCCUUGCUGUCAAAGUUACCCAGCUGGAUUCAACAGUAGAAGAGGUAUCAUUACAGGAUAUCAACAUGAAAAAAGCAUUCAAGAGCUCAACAAUUCAAGAUCAGCAGGUAGUUUCAAAGAACAGCAUUCCUAAUCCAGUGGCUGAUAUUUAUAAUCAGAGUGACAAGCCACCACCUCUGAAUAUUCUUUCACCUUAUAGGGAUGAUAAGAAAGAUGGAUUGAAGUUCUAUACUGAUCCUUCCUAUUUUUUCGAUCUUUGGAAAGAAAAAAUGUUACAAGAUACUGAAGAUAAGCGAAAAGAAAAGAGGAGACAAAAGGAGCAAAAGCGUAUAGAUGGCACCACCCGUGAGGUGAAAAAGGUUAGAAAAGCCAGGAACAGACGCCAGGAGUGGAAUAUGAUGGCAUAUGACAAAGAGCUUAGACCUGACAACAGGUUGUCUCAAAGUGUGUACCAUGGAGCAUCUUCCGAGGGAUCACUGUCCCCAGAUACUAGGUCCCAUGCAUCUGAUGUUACAGAUUAUUCUUAUCCUGCUACUCCGAAUCAUUCCCUCCAUCAGCAGAUAGCAAUGUCUUCAUAUGGAGCAGGAGAUGGUCCCCAGUACAUGGCAGCACCCCAAAGCCAUGAGCAUGAGUACAGACCACCUUCCACCACUGUCCGACAUGCUACUUUAAACAGACCUCAGCAACCACCUCCACCUCCACCCCAGCCUUCAGAUGGCCAACAUAGCUCAGUACCUGUGGUACCAGCAGAAUAUGGGAUGAUUCCAGCUCAGAUGGUGGAUUAUUACAAUCCUGCAGGUCCUCCCCCUCCUCCUCCUCCCCCUAUGAUUCCUUCAGCACAAACUGCAUUUGUCAGUCCCCUUCAGCUUCCUGUGCCACCUUCCCAUUCUGGACUGGUGACUGGUUCUCCAUAUGCAACUACUCAUCCUCCUCCUUCUAGUGGGCUUGUUGUCACUGCUCCUCCUCCUCCUGGCCCACCUCCUCCUCCCCCAGGCCCCCCUGCUGCAGGUUCAUCCCUCUCUUCCUCCCCAAUGCACGCUCCUCCAGCUCUGGAGGCAAAACGUCACGAACCCGCGCAGCCGCCGAUCAGCGACGCACGGAGCGAUCUUUUAGCUGCUAUCCGGAUGGGAAUUCAGCUGAAAAAGGUACAGGAGCAACGUGAGCAAGAAGCCAAGCGGGAACCCGUUGGCAAUGACGUGGCAACCAUCCUUUCCAGGCGCAUUGCUGUGGAGUACUCUGAUUCUGAUGAUGAUUCAGAGUUUGAUGAGAACGACUGGUCAGAUUGAGCCUGGGACAAGCCCAGGGGCAAGUUCAUUAAAUGCUUGGCUUCAGUGAAAGCUCUCUCUUAGCAAGAUAGAAAGCAGGAAGUUGACAUGU